CUCCAUCAUGCCCACUAACUUCACCGUGGUGCCGGUGGACGACGCAGACGGAACCAGUCAGAGUCAGAACGCUGCUGCUGGAGGCAGCAAACCAACCAGUCUGGGCAAGAUCUUUGGGGAGCAACAAGACCAGGACGACCUGCAGGACUCCCAGUCAGGAGACUCAGAUAUUCAGAGAGAAUCGAGUCCGUUCAUCAGUCCAGACGACCACAGAGAACAUUAUUAUGAAGCCAAGAACAUGGCUCUGUUCGAGGAGGAGAUGGAGAGUAACCCCAUGGUGUCUUCUCUGCUCAACAAGUUGGCCAACUACACCAACCUGACCCAGGGGGUCCGGGAGCACGAGGAGGCCGAGGAGGACGGGGUCCGCAGGGUCGCUGUCGUGGUUCCUCAGAUGGGAACCUUCAUCGGGGUCUACCUGCCCUGCAUGCAGAACAUCCUGGGAGUCAUCCUCUUCCUGCGCCUCACCUGGAUCGUUGGGACCGCUGGAAUCCUGGGGACCUUCGCCAUCGUCUCCAUGUGCUGCGUCUGUACGCUGCUGACAGCCAUCUCCAUGAGCGCCAUAGCAACCAACGGAGUCGUCCCAGCUGGUGGUUCGUACUACAUGAUCUCCAGAUCUCUGGGUCCAGAGUUUGGAGGAGCAGUCGGUCUGUGUUUCUAUCUGGGGACCACCUUCGCCGGGUCCAUGUACAUACUGGGGACCAUCGAGAUCCUGCUGACGUACAUCGUUCCCACGGCGACGGUGUUUAAAGAAGGAGAGAACGCCUCCAUGAUGAACAACAUGAGAGUCUACGGGAGCUGCUGCCUGCUGCUGAUGGCUCUGGUGGUCUUCGUAGGGGUCAAGUAUGUUAAUAAACUGGCUCUGGUGUUUCUGGCCUGUGUGGUUCUCUCCAUCAUGGCGACGUACGCCGGAGUCAUCAAGACGCUCAUCGAGCCUCCAGACUUCAACGUGUGUCUGCUGGGGAACCGUUCUCUGAAGAACGAGAUGUUUGAGACGUGUGCUAAGACUCUGCUGGUGAAGAACCAGACGGUGAUCACGGAGCUGUGGGGACUCUUCUGUGACAGUAACUACCCCAACGCCACCUGUGAUCAAUACUUCUCCAAGAACAACCUGACGGAGAUCCCAGCCAUCCCCGGGCUGCUGAGUGGAGUCAUCAGAGACAACCUGUGGGGCGACUACGGUCCGGCUGGGACUCACCUGGAGAAGAAGAGUCAGUCUUCAGUCCCGGUCCAGGAAACACCUGAAGACAUCUACAGACCCUACGUCUUCAACGACAUCACCACAUACUUUACUCUGCUGGUGGGAAUAUACUUCCCCUCUGUCACAGGUAUCAUGGCUGGUUCUAACAGGUCUGGAGACCUGAGAGACGCCCAGCGGUCCAUUCCAAUAGGAACCAUCAUGGCUAUUCUCACCACCUCCUUCAUCUACAUCUCCUGUGUGGUCUUGUUUGGAGCGUGUAUUGAAGGAGUUGUGCUGAGAGACAAGUUUGGCUACUCGGUAAAGAAGAACCCAGUCAUUGGUAUUCUGGCCUGGCCGUCACCCUGGGUCAUCGUGAUUGGCUCGUUCUUCUCCUGCUGUGGGGCGGGGCUUCAGAGCCUCACUGGCGCCCCCCGGCUGCUGCAGGCGAUUGCUCGCGAUGGCAUCAUCCCGUUCUUACAGGUCUUUGGCCAUGGGAAGGCCAACGGGGAGCCCACCUGGGCUCUGCUGCUGACCGUCGGGAUCUGUGAGAUAGGAAUCCUCAUCGCCUCUCUGGACGCCGUGGCGCCCAUCCUCUCCAUGUUUUUCCUCAUGUGCUACCUGUUUGUUAACCUGGCCUGCGCCGUUCAGACUUUGCUCCGGACCCCCAACUGGAGACCUCGCUUCAAAUUCUAUCACUGGACGCUGUCCUUCUUAGGGAUGAGUCUGUGUCUCUCCCUCAUGUUCGUCUCCUCCUGGUAUUACGCCCUGGUUGCCAUGGUGAUAGCUGGCUGUAUCUACAAGUACAUUGAGUACAGAGGGGCAGUGAAGGAGUGGGGAGACGGGAUCAGAGGUCUGUCCUUAAACGCAGCACGUUACGCUCUCAUCCGGCUGGAGGAAGCUCCACCACACACCAAGAACUGGAGGCCUCAGCUGUUGGUGCUGUGUAAGCUGGACUCUGACCUGACGGUGAGACAUCCUCGUCUCCUUUCCUUCACCACUCAGCUCAAAGCAGGAAAAGGUCUGACCAUCGUGUGCUCCGUCCUGGAGGGAACCUUCAUGGCCCGGGGCAAAGACGUCAAGACUGGAGAGCAGAACCUGAAGGCAGCCAUGGCAGCCGAGAAGAUGAAGGGUUUCUCCCACGUGGUGGUGUCGUCCAACCUGCGGGACGGCUUCUCUCUGCUCAUCCAGUCAGCCGGACUGGGAGGGAUGAAACACAACGCGGUGCUGAUGGCCUGGCCCACCGGCUGGACCGAAGCCCGGGACUCCUCCGCAAGAAGGAACUUCAUCGAAACGGUGAGAGAGACAACGGCAGCCCACCAGGCGCUGCUGGUGGCUAAAAACAUCGACCAUUUCCCCGGAAACCAGGAGCGUCUGAAGGGAGGAACCAUCGACGUGUGGUGGAUCGUACAUGACGGAGGACUGCUCAUGCUGCUGCCGUUUCUACUCAGUCAGCACAAGGUUUGGAGGAAGUGUAAGAUGCGAAUCUUCACGGUGGCCCACAUGGAUGACAACUCCAUCCAGAUGAAGAAAGACCUCCAGAUGUUCCUCUACCAGCUACGCCUGGAUGCCGAGGUGGAGGUGGUGGAGAUGCAUGAGAGUGACAUCUCAGCCUUCACCUAUGAGAAGACGCUGGUGAUGGAGCAGAGAUCUCAGAUGCUGAAACAGAUCAAGCUGUCCCGAACCGAGAGGGAGAGAGAGGCCCAGCUGAUCCACGACAGGAACACAGCGACUCACUCCGCCAUGAACGACAAAGCUGCCGGAGCCGGACCGGACCGAGUCCACAUGACCUGGACCAAAGACAAACUGGUCAACGAGAGGAACCGACACCGAGAGGGCAUGGGAGUCAAAGACAUGUUCAAUAUGAAACCUGAGUGGGAAAAUCUCAACCAGUCCAACGUGCGCAGGAUGCACACAGCGGUGAAGCUGAACGAGGUCGUGGUCAUGAAAUCCCGAGAAUCACAGCUGGUGUUGCUCAACAUGCCGGGCCCUCCGAAGAACAAGAAAGGGGACGAGAACUAUAUGGAGUUCCUGGAGGUCCUGAUGGACGGUCUGGACCGGGUCCUGCUGGUUCGUGGAGGUGGUCGAGAGGUCAUCACCAUCUACUCCUAGCACCCAAACGUUCCUAACUGUUUGUAAAGGAACAUUGAGAACAGUAGAACCCCAGAGGACCGGGGGGACAACAUGAACAAAGACGUACUGUAGAGGAAGUAAAGUUCCUCUCACCUUCAGGGAGAAAAGGAGGACCAUGGUUGCUCGGACCACCAGGGGGGUCUACCUGCAGCACAGCCUGAGAUGGUGCAUCAUCUGGGGGCCAGAAGGCUCUGGAGACCCCCUCCUCCUCCUGGAGCUCAUCUACUCCACAUCUCUACAAAAUGACAAUCUGAGGCUUCACUGUGGAGAUGUUCUUCCCUCAGAUAAUCUGUGUUUUCCCAAAGAGCUGUCAUUUCAAUUGGAUAUGAUCCAUCGAUUCACCAGGCACUCAAACUCAGUGGCGGACUCAAAUGACUGGGUUCCUCUAUAGUUCCCCUUCAUAUAAUAAAUUAUGAUGAUGUGUCCUCUAGAGCAAGAAAAUUUGAUAACGUGCCUUAAUGAGUUCCCUUCUAGUGUCCUUCUAGAUCCCUUCUAGUGUCCUUCUAGUGUCCUUCUAGAUCCCUUAUAGUGUCCUUCUAGUGUCCUUCUAGAUCCCUUCUAGUGUCCUUUCUAGAUCCCUUCUAAAUCCCUUCUAGUGUCCUUCUAGAUCCCUUCUAGUGUCCUUCUAGUGUCCUUCUAGAUCCCUUCUAGUGUCCUUCUGGUGUCCUUCUAGAUUCUAGAAUGUCAUUUACCAGACGCUUUUAUCCAAAGCGACGUACAAAUGUGAGUAAUACAACACAAGCAAGAAUGAAGUCAAGAACCAUAGCAGAGUCAGAGCUGGGGGUUCAGUUCGAGUCCAUUAGGACUCAAGUGCUCUACAGGUCUCUGAUUGGUCAGUGAGAUACUAGUCGUAGUCGUCAGUGUAGAUCCAGAGUGAGGGUGAUCAGUAAAGAGUUAAAGGUCUUCAGUCUCUUCUUAAACAUUAAGAAGGACUCAGCAGAACAGAUGUAGUUUGGAAGUUCGUUCCACCACCUAUAGGGUUCUACAGAGGAGAUCCCUUCUAGCGUCCUUCUAGUGCCCUUAUAGAUCCCUUCUAGUGU